CAGGCACUGAAAAGAUUGGCUGGAUGCUCUUCAGCUCGGUGAAGGGGAGCACAUCAUUUUUUUAAAUCAUGGAUCAUGCAGCAUCAGGCCAACCCAGCCCCACCUCAAGCUUUCAGUGGCUCUCUUUUGCUUACCAGAGCCUGACAGAAAUCCCUUAUGAAACCAUUCUGCCACAGACAGCCUUGGAGGUGCUGGAUCUGAGUUACAACCUGCUGAAUGAUCUUUAUUGGAACCCUGCUCUGCUGGGCCAACUGGAGAAGCUCAGCACUCUGAUCCUGGACUGCAACAAUUACACAUCUCACAUCAAGUUUCCCUACAUGCCCAGUGUCACCACAGUGUGGAUCAACAAGAACAAGAUCAACAAUCUGCCUGUUUUUGUGGAAGAAAUCCGAUGGAAGUUCCCGAACAUAAAGAUUCUCAGUAUGAUGAACAACGAGGCAGCCCCUAGUUAUUUUAAUGGAGGAAGUCUUACUCAGUACGAAGACUACAGACAGUAUGUCAUCAGUCAGAUUCCUGGCCUGGAGAUUCUGGACGACACUAAAGUCCUAGAGAAGGAGAGACUACAGGCUAGAAAAACCUACAAGCAGCAGAAGAUCAGCCACAGCAGUAGAAAGAGGAAGGAGGAGUCAUUAAAGAAACAAACACACAUGCAGAAAAAGCCAACUGUCACAAUAAAAUAAUAUAUAUACAUAUAUAUAUAUACAUAUAUAUAUGUAUAUAUAUAUAUUAACAUGUCCCUCGCUGCGUUGUUGACUGCGAUAGGUUUUUUCUUAAUAUAUGCAGCUAGUUGGAUAUUUAAAUAAACACCAUGUUUUAUAGAGCUGCACAUAAAAAAAAGUGACAUUUCUAAUUGUGUUUGUGCAUUUUGAUAACUCAACUGAAUUUCAGAUUGGGUUACGUAACAGCUUUGUAAAGAAAUGUUCCUUACAUUUAAGUUAUAUAAUAUUUAAAUAUAUGUCAUUCAUUAUUUUGAUGGUAUUUGUUUGGAGACAAAUAAAACAAUCCAAGAUCCCAUUCCCUGGGUGGGAUAAUGAGCUGUAUAUGCAUGUAUUGUAAAUAUCAUCUUUGAUGUUACCACUAACAGAAGCCAGUCACUUGUUACUAUGUUUUGCUGACUCAGCAUUUCAAUAUAUCGGCACAGAUAUGAUUACAUUUUUUAUACUGCUGUGUACCUUUUUUGUCCUAUAGAGAAGUUUUAAUAUCUCCAGAAAAGGAUUAAAAUUUCCAACAGGCUGUAGAUAAAUCGAUUGUGUACAUUCCUUUCAAUUCAUCAUGAUACCUGCGUAAAAAUUUGUCAAAUUCGACCCAAACACUAUGUAAGGGUUAAGGGGGGAUUAUGGAAUCAGUUUGUCCUUACCUUACUUCUGCAGUCAGUUAUAUGCCACACAUACAGUAUCAACCAAAAGUGUGUACCAUGCAUAUGGAUCCAAAUGUAUGAAAAUGCAACUUUCUGCAGUUACUUCUGAAAGUAUUAACGCAAAUUCUAUGGUGCUUAACCAUGUGUUUUACAUUUCUAUGGCUUUUGAUACAUGUAUUUUAGAAAUAGACUGUAAUUUCAGUUGGACAAAGACUUCUGUUGUGUUAGGAAUUUAAGCAGAAGAGCACGCCUAGUGGUGAAAAUAUGUGUGACUAGUGAUAGUAUUAUAGUUUGUGUGUUAUUAGGUAUCAGUUAUUGUGUUAUUAUACUUUAAUAAAACCUAUAAUAUGAAUUGUACGCAUUGUAUAUCUUGUAGGUCAUUUAAUACUGUACACAUAAUUAUCACAGUUUAGCUCCACAUCCCCUUCACUCCACCUAAUCAGUUCAUUCUGUACACCUGCUUGGCACAUUCAUCUUGUCAGCCCAAUCACACUCACCUGUCCUCCCUAUUCACUCCCUUCAGUAUUUAAACCACAGUCACUCACUCACUCGCUGACAGAUUGUUCCUACGCUUCAUGCCAAACUCUCCUGCACGUCGCUUCCGACGGAUCUCCUAUUGCCGACCCAGCUUGCCCCCGUUUAGCCCGCUA